CGUGCAGGCUCCGCCCCUGCUCUCGCGAGAGCUGAGAGGCAGACAAUGGAGUGGAUGUGAACCCGAUCCCACAUCGCCGAGAAGUCGCCGCCACCUGACCCGGAGCCACCGGAGCCGCAGGAGCAAGAGGUCGAGCGGAGUGGAAGAUGGCCACGCCCCUGCCCUUUUGGCGCCUUCCUCCUCCCCAAGUUGGACGGGGCGAUGCUUCUCUCACAUGCGUGACUGCCGGCAGAUAACCUCUCCUGCGACUUGGGAGGCAGGAACUCUACCCUCCCUCUCGCUGGAGGAGGAGGAACCCUCGCAGCCCAGUCCGGACAUGCUGGCCCCUGCAGAGCCCAGCUCCAAUGAGACCGAAAAGGAGGUGUUGUCUCCGGUUGUGGCUGCUUUUGCCACCUCCAUGGAGGAGGAGCUUGGCCCUGACCGAGCAGCCACACCCCCGGUGUGGGAAUGUGGAGGGCCUGGAGGGACACAGCAGGGUGCCUCCCAGGCCUCAGACAGCUGCCAGCCUGACCCAGAAGCCAGCCCCGCCCCGCCCAGCACAGUCUCCGGAACCAGUGAGGACCUGCGCCCUCCCAAACGACGCCCACCGCCAGGGACGCAAAUACCCUGCUCCAGCCCUGGCUGCUUCCUCAGUUUCCCCAGUGUUCGUGACCUGGCGCAGCAUCUCCGUACCCACUGCCCGCCCACCCAGUCCUUAGAAGGUAAGCUCUUCCGCUGCUCCGCCCUGAGCUGCACAGAGAGCUUCCCCAGCAUGCAGGAGCUGGUGGCCCAUGGCAAGCUGCAUUACAAGCCCAAUCGCUACUUCAAGUGUGAGAACUGCCUCCUGCGCUUCCGCACGCACCGCUCGCUCUUCAAGCACCUGCAUGUUUGCGCAGAGCAUGCUCAGAGCCCGGCCGCGCCGCCGCCCCCCGCCCUGGACAAGGAGCCCCCAGCACCUGAGCGCCCCUCGGAGUCUGACCCCGCGUCGGCGGCCGGCCUGCCGUUCCCGCUGCUCGAGCCCUUCACAACCCCCUCCUCUGUACCCACUGGGUCCUUCCUACCCUACUUGAACCCCGCGCCCUUUGGCCUAAGUCCCCCACGCCUGCGCCCCUUCCUGGCCACCGCUCCCGGGCCACCAGCCUCCAGCGCCGCUGUCUGGAAAAAGAGCCAAGGUGCUGGCGGCAGCCCCCGAAGACCGCAGGGCGGCUCCGAUGCGCCCUCAGCGCACGCGGCCCCGAGCCGCAUCGUGUGGGAGCACACGCGCGGCCGCUACUCGUGCAUGCAGUGCGCCUUCUCCACGGCCUCGCGGCCCGCCAUGACCCUGCACCUACAGGACCACCGCCCCGGCGCCCCCGCAGCCCUGCCGCCCGGGCCGCCGCGCCCCGACGCCCCGGCGGGUAAGGCCGAGGGACGCGCACGGGGAGAGGGCGGGGAGCCGGAGGCCAGGGGCGGGGCCGACGCUCCAGCGCCCCCUGCUCUGCCCCACCCGGACCCCACCCCGCUUGCGCCUAAGGUGUCGCAGCUGAUGUCCGAGGGGGAGCGUCCGGUUUUCUCACUGCUUUGAACUGCACCGACCCCUGGCUUUGGGAUGGGUGGGGCGGAGAUUUUUGUAAUCUGAGGAGGAGGACAAUAAAGGAGGCGCGAUGAGCCAG